AUGUUGCGUGGCGACUUCGGGGCUCUUGUGGAGCGCGUUGCGCGCCGCGCGCUGAGGUGUCUGUACACCUCGGACCUGUGCGCGUUCUCGUUUUUGAUUUUCUUUUCAUUCCUUUUUUUUAAUUCUUUUUUUCAGCUCGCGCUGAAACACAGAAUCAACAAGACGCAGCGGCAGCGGAUUCUGCUCUUCGUGGGGAGUCCAGUGGUGGCAAGUGAGAAGCAGUUGGUGCAGCUGGGACGUCAGCUGAAGAAGAACAACAUAGCUUUGGAUAUUGUGUGUCUCGCGAAUGUGGAGGAGAACAGAGCCAAGUUGACGGCGAUGCAUGCAGCAGUCAACAGCAACGACACAAGCCGCUUCGUGGAAUAUCCCGCGGGCAGCAGCAGCUUGUUGAGCGAUGUAAUGGUGUCUGCCAUGCUGCUGCACGACCCCGAAGCAGCAGCAGCAGCAGCAGCAGCAGGAGGCGACAGCGCUGUGAACGAAUUCGGAGUUGACCCCAAUGUAGACCCAGACCUUUAUAUGGUGCUGCGCAUGUCUUUGGAGGAGGCGCGGCAGCAGCAGCAGCAGCAGCAGGGAGCAGCAGCAGGAGCAGCAGCAGCAACCGCCCCAGCGGGACAGCCCGCAGCCGCCGCAGGCAGCGCCGAACUGCCCCCCGGAGCAGCACAAAUCGAAGGCCUCGAAGACAUGGACGAAGAGCUGCGGCAGGCCGUGCUGCUAUCGCUGCAGGACUACUGCGGGGACGCCAGCAGCACGGAGGCCACCCAGCAGCAGCAGCAGCAGCAGCAGCAGGAGCAGCAGCAGGGGGAGGGGCAGGAGAGCCAGGGCGCAGCGAACGGGGCUGGUGCUGCUGCUGCAGCAGAAACAGAAGCUGCAGCAGCAGCAGCACCCAACAACGCGAACGAACAGCCCCCAGGGGACGCAGCGGAAAAAGAGCCCAAGGGCAGCAGCUGA